AUGCCGAUGCACGCGCAAAAGAAACGAGUGCUCACCAAGGUGCAGCUCGAGACGAACCGGGUGCGCUCGAAAAAGUACUAUGAAGACAACCGCGACUCGGUCUUGGCCAAGCUCCGGUUGCACUACAUUGAGAACCGCGAGAAAGAGCGCCAGCGCCAGCGUGAAAAGUACCUCCGCAUCAAGGCGCGCAAGCGUGCAGCGAAAGAAGCGACCAAGACGCUCCCAUCGCUCCCGACGCUUCCUUGCAACCCGCUCAGCAUCGCGUUCCUCCUCAAUUGACGAUAGCAUCGAUCGAGUCGAGUUUAGUAUUUAUCAUCGCUUCGAGCUACCAGCGUGCUGUCGUCGUUCAAUCAAAAAGGUCACAAGUGCUUUCGGACCUUUACUCCAA